CCUCCUAUUUCUAAAUAUCCAUAAAAACACGAAAAACAAAAUAGAAUCUAGCAAUAUUGAUAAUAAAUGGAUCAAGAAGGAUCAUCAAAAAGCCAUACCGGGCAGGGCCUUUCUCACUCCGUACCCUCGAAUUCUACCGAGCCGGUCCGGUCGCGUUGGUCACCUAAACCGGAGCAAAUCUUGAUACUCGAAUCCAUCUUCAACAGUGGUAUUGUUAACCCACCAAAAGAAGAAACGGUGAGGAUAAGAAAGAUGCUUGAGAAAUUCGGUGCAGUGGGAGAUGCAAACGUCUUCUACUGGUUUCAAAACCGACGGUCAAGAUCUCGCCGGAGACAGCGGCAGCUUCAAGCAGCCACAGCCGCAGCCACCACGACCAGAGGAGCUGCAGAACACCAGCAUAUGACGAACAUGAGCAUGCAUCAAUAUCCUUACAGCAACAGCGAGAUUGAUUUGGGAUUUGGAAGUUGUAGCAACUCAUCAGCUAAUAACUUCUUUAAUGAGUCCUCAUCUCAAGUCUCUUCCUUUCUUCUCGAGCUCGCUUCUUCUUCUGCGAGUGGUGGCAACAAUAGCAUGGAGAAUCUCUUCACAAUGUAUGGCCAUGAAUCCGAUCAUCAUCAGCAGCACAGCUCAAUUGACGCAUCAAUAUUAAGCCCAUCGGAUCAAAACUCCGAUUUCCACUACCAACAAGGCUUAAUGACGGUGUUCAUAAAUGGAGUUCCGACGGAAAUAAAAGAAGGAGCAAUAGACAUGAAAGCAAUGUUCGGUGAAAAUUUGGUGUUACUUCACUCCUCUGGUCUUCCUCUUCCCACAGAUGAGUUUGGUUUCUUGAUGCAUUCUUUACAACAUGGCCAGGCUUAUUUCCUGGUACCUAAUACUAUCUCCAUUUUGUCUUAUAUAUUAUCUAUUUAAUUAGUAAAUUCUAAUAUAAAUAUAUUCAUAAAUGAUUUUCAGACCUUUGUUUCUAUG